AUGUCAAGUCUAUCUCAAAAACCAAAUUCAAAUUUAGAAUUUGACGAAGCAACACAAAAAGAAUUAGGAAAGUUUUUGGAAAGUGAAAAUGCACGUAUGAGAAUACAAUCAUCAAUUCAUACAUUUACAGAUUUAUGCUGGGAUAAAUGUAUCAAUAAAAUCAGUAAUAAGAUUGAUCGUAGUGAAGAAGUGUGCUUAACUAAUUGUGUUGAAAGAUUUUUGGAUACUAGUGGGUAG